AAUGGAAGCGUGUGUAAAUGUUCAUCUUUCUCUGUCAGAGAGGUGGUUUCUUUGAAAACAGAAAGUAAACAGAGCCUUCAACCCACACUUGACCACUCCCGUCACAAUUUACGGUCAUAGGUUGGACUUGCUCUCAUUUUACUCAUAACUCGGAGAAGCAGAGAAAAGGAAUGGCCUUCCAGCAAUCAACCACCCAGGUGAUAGUCACCACCACUGCAAUGAGUCAACAGUCUGGGCAAUGGAGCACCGGCAUCUGUGACUGCUGCUCUGAUAUGAACACCUGUUGCUUUGGAUAUUGGUGUUUCUCCUGCAUGCAGUGUGACACAGCCAGUAAACAUGGAUGGUGCUGCGCAAUGCCACUGCUGGACUUUUGCUGUGUGGUGUCCUGCUUACUGCGCAAUUCUGUCAGAGAGCGCUACAACAUCCCUGGCUCGUGCUGCGAUGACUGCUGCAAAAUAUUUUGGUGUUAUCAGUGUGUCUGGUGCCAGAUGCAUCGUGAGCUGAAGAUCAGGGAAAACCAGUACCCUGCCGCCUCGACGGUGGUCACCACGCAGGUCAUCCGUGGAUAAUAUGCAAUCAUUUUAGCUGUGUGUUGAGUGAAAAUGACAAAGAUAUUUUUCAAAAAGAUUUUACAGUGAUGAAACACAUACGAAAAUAUUACUUCUGUUUCUUCAGCAUGAGGUGAAAAUCUGAAAAUGUAGCCUGGCAUGUGAUCUGCUUUCUUUUUUGCAACAUUUCAUAUAUAGCUGUUUCAAAUAAUCUAAAGCCAGAUUUGAUAGCUUUAGAUUAUAUGUUUAAAUCAGAUGUUUUGAGUUUUGUUAGCAUACUGCAUAUAUCAUCAUCAUUUUUUUCAAUAAAAUCUGUAUCAUUUAACAUGCUCACGCUUAUAGUAACUUUGUCCAAAUUGAGUUUCACCUGUGCUAAAAUAAAAAGUAUUCAUAUUCACUACUAUACGAGGCAUUGUUGUACUUUUU